ACAAUUUAUGUCCGAGAUGAUUGAGGUGACCCAGUUCCAAAAGUUUUCAUAAUGUCCUUUAUCAAUGCGUGUUGUUGCUGUUUCGUCUCCACCACAGAAAACCCUGCACCGAACGAGAGACGGCCACUCCUGCAAGGACAGCCUCAGUCAGCAAGGCAGCCUCGGACAGCACAAGAAAGAUCUGAAAAAAGUGGCAGGAUCGUGGCAAGGCAUGUUGGCAUCCCAGAGCUGGACAGGCGCUUCGAGGACGUGGCGGAGAUGUUCAACCUGCAGCAGGGCCACAGGGAGGCCAUGACAGAAUGCCUCAACACCCUACGCCAGCGCUACCGCUGUUCUCAUAACGACGGGCUGUCAGAGUGCUUGAGCAGAAUUAAAGAAGAGCAUGGCAGCCACCAAGUCAGCCUGCACAUGAAGGGCUAUGACUUCUCUCUGGCUGUGGCGCCCUCCGCUGACGUGCCCCCUACCCUCCGCACUACCCAGGAGAACAUGCGAGCCCUGUGCCAGGCCACUAAGGCCAUCGUCGCUGCGGGGACCAAGCUGCAGGAGAUGACUGGCUGGCUGACCAAGGCGGAGGAGAAGCUGACCAAUCAGGUUCAAGAGGUGGCGCCAGCCUACCAGGAGCAGCGGCGACUAGAGGACAACCUCAGGGAGAACCUGCAGGAGUGUCGCAGGGCCAGAGAGCUGUCGGCCGUUUACAAGGAGGAGGCUGGACUGCUUCUGAACGAGGCCGCACUGCUGUCAGGAGUUAGCCCAUGAUACUCCUACAAUCCUAAACCUCUCCUACCGCCAUCCUGUUUUCAACCACUGAUACCCUUAGACAUACGUAUGAUAUAUUAUACAGU